GCCCGCCUCAGUGCAUGCACUCAUCACAAACCUCAUCAGGGGGAAACUGCUUCCCUCUGCAAGCCUCUGGAUAACUACACGGCCAGCAGCAGCCAAUCAGAUCCCUCCUGAGUACAUUGACAUGGUGACAGAAGUCAGAGGAUUCACUGACUCACAGAAGGAAGAAUACUUCAAGAGGAAAUUCAGAAAAGAGGAACAGGCCAGCAGGAUAAUCUCCCACAUCAGGACAUCACGAAGCCUCCACAUCAUGUGCCGCAUUCCUAUCUUCUGCUGGAUCACGGCUACAGUUCUGGACCAUGUCCUACAGAUGGAAGAGNAGUCCGCAGGACAGAGUUCUGACUUGGGGGUAAUGUACAUGAUGGUUGUCAACCAGGCAAACGGAAGUUAUACAUUUUUUGUGACUCAGCAGGGGGAGCAAGACUUGUGUAAAAGUAUGAACCAGCCUUGUCUAAUUUCCCUCUGGGAUUAA